CUGUCUGUCAGGAUGUGGGUUUUUGGCGGGAACUUGUAGCUGAUCGGUCCGCCUUACCUCAGAGCAGAUACAGGUAUGGCACCCGGGAGGAAACAGGCAAGGAAAUCUAAUAAUCUUCCAGAAGAAAAGGUUUUGCAUUCCUAUGACUUUCAAGAAAUAGAACAAAAACAUCUUAGUGGAUCAGAAGAAGAUCUCAUAGAAGAAGAGACUCCAGUCAUUGAUAAACAUGGAAAAAAGCGAUCUGCUCCAAUAACUAACCAAGACGUAGAAGAAGAUCACAUGGGGGGAGAAGUGCAAACCAUGCUGGAAAGAUUUGGUGCUGAUAUAAGCAAAGCUCUUUUAGCAAAAAAGAAAAGAUUGGAAAUGUACACUAAGGCUUCACUGAAAACAAGUAACCAAAAGAUUGAGAAUGUAUGGAAAACACAGCAAGAACAGAGGUUGAAGCUGAGCAAUGAAUAUUCUCAACAAUUCCUAUCAUUAUUUCAGCAAUGGGAGGUUGAUGUACAAAAAGCAGAAGAACAGGAAGAGAAAGUAACAAACAUGUUUCGCCAGCAACAGAAGCUUUUCCAACAGGCAAGAAUAGUGCAAAGCCAAAGACUUAAAACAAUCAAACAACUAUAUGACCAGUUCUUAAAGAAUAUGCAUGACCUGGAAAAGAACCAUGAACACCUUCUCACUGGGGCACAGAAUGAACUCAAGAAAGAAAUGGCCCUCUUACAAAAGAAAAUUUUGAUGGACACACAACAACAAGAGAUGGCGAGUGUUCGCAAGUCUCUUCAGUCAAUGUUAUUCUGAUGGUUCACUGAAGGUAUAACGUGUACCUAUGCAACAUGAUAUAAUUAGAAUAUUAUUAAACUAUUAAACAAUAUGACCACCACCACAUUCAAGAUACGGUUGAGGUAUUUUCCAGUGUUAAAAGUUUUUAUUUCUUUUUUUCCCCCUACCCUUUAAUUAUUGUAUUUAAA